UGUAUCUAACAUUACAAAUGUAGAAAGAUUUUACAAAAUCAUUCUGCAAUUAACCCUUCAGGAUAAAGCCAGCAAAGCAACAUUAAAAUCUGAGAGGCCCGCCCAAAAUCCUCAAUAUGCAUUACCUGCUGUAAAGGCCACUGAGAAGAGGUAACUCUUCAAAAUCCUCUUAAAUGUUGCAAGGGACAAGGUCUGCCAAACAUCUGGUGGGAAAGAGCUCCACAACUGGGGAGCCAACACCAAGAAAACUCUAUUGUGGGUGCCCAUCAGCUUAAUCACCUUCACAGGGAGGCACCUGAGCAAGCCCUCCAACAUAAGUCUCAAGGUAUGGGGCAGGUGGCUAUGGGUACAGGGGAUCCUUCAAGCAAACCAGUUCCAACCCAUGCACAUGCUUAAAGGUCAUUAGCAUCCUUUGGAUUUGGAUUUGGCAACACGCAGGCCAUCACUGCAGCUGACACAACAGGAGUGCAAUCUUACAACAACUGGGUAGAGACAUUUUGUAUCUACUGAAGCUUUUGAACCAACUUCGAAGGCAGCCUCCCAUUCAUUGUUGCUGUUGUCACUUUCCUCACAAAAGCAAGCCAACGUGACUUACAAAAUGUAGUGUAGUCCUCUCUAGAUAGGGUUGCAGUUCGCAUAAGCGUGUGCGCGAGCUCCUGGCCAUUGCAACCAUUUGGGCUUCCUUACAGAGCAACACAGCCUCGCUCUGGGGCACUAUGCUGUUAGGGAUGGCGCUGGCUAUCACCAGGUCCUGUCGGAGCCUGCCAUUGGAAGAUUUCCUAGCUAUUCCUUGACAGCUGACCAGAGAGGUAGUGAUAUUAGAAAUCAGAAAUGGCGAUAUCUCAAAGGUUGUGGUGGCAAAAUGAACCCACUGAAUUAAUAAUACCUCAAUAAUUGCAGUGCUAUCACUUGUGGACUGAACAGAGUCAAGGGACUUUGAGCACAUAUGUGUCAAUUAGCUUACUAACUCUUUGUGGUUGAUACUGGCUGUUAAGGAACCUUAUGCUGCAAUCCUUACUUACUGGGAGUAAGUCCUCUUGAACUCAGUGGGAAUUGUUUCUGAGUGAGCGUGCACAGGAUUGUGCCAUCCAGCACCUGUUCUGGUCCCAUUAACCAUUUUCUGUCCAAACCCAGACUUCUUCAUAGCAGAUUGCAAUCCAGUAGUGGGUAACCUGUAGUUCCCUAGAUGCUGUUAGAUUCCAACUCCGAUCAGCUCCAACCAAUGUAGCUAACAAUCAGGGAUGAUGGGAGUUGUAGCUUAACAACAUCUGGAGGACAUCAUUUUGAGUAGCCCUGCACCGAUGGAGCACCUGUGACCCUCUGGGUGUUGUUGGACGACAACUCCCAUCAAUCCCAGCCAGCAUGGCCAAUGAUAAAUGCAUAUAGGAGUUGUCGUCCAAGGACAUUUGGAAGGAACCAUGUUGGCUACCCCUGCAGUAAAACAUGGAUGGGGAUCCUUUGACCCUAUAUAUGUCAUUGGACUCCAACUUGCAUCUAUCCCAAUCGGCAUGGAAUAAUGGGAAUUGAAGUCCAACAAUAUCUGGAGGCCAACACACUGUCUACUCAUGCAGUUACACAUGGACAGGGAACAUGUGGACCUCCAGAUACUGUUGGACUAUAAACCAGUAUGGCUAAUGGUCAGGGUUAUGGGAGCUGUAGCCCAGCAACACUUGGAGGGCCAAAGUUUCACCCAUCCCUGUCAUAAUUAGACAUUAAAGAGGCAUCUGGACAGCCACCUGUUGGGUAUGCUUUAACUUGGAUACCUGCACUAAGCAGGGGGUUGGACUUGAUGGCCUUAUAGGCCCCUUCCAUCUCGACUAUUCUAUGAUUCUACAAAACUCUACCCCACUCUUCAAGAAGCUGCAAGCAUCCCCUUACCCUGUGUCUAUGCACAAACAUGAGUUUCAUUGACUUUGGUGGAAUAGUAGCAGAUUUCACCACGGUAGAAUCCCUUGUUGCCUAGAGUGUUACCAUGGGGAUGGUCAACAAUAGGGAACCCGAGAAUAAGGAGUGUCAGAGGUUAAAUGUCCUGCUCUGCACACACAGCGAUGGAAGUCUAGGAGGACCUUUUCUGAGUUUGCUCUUUGCCAAAGCAUGCAAACAAAACCAUGAUUACUCCGUGUAGGGAUGCGCAGGAAUGGUAUCUUCCCAGCUGGAGGGUAGAACCCAAAUAUUCUACUAAUGUACUUAUUGGAAACUGGCUGGAAGAAAGAAAAAAGUUUAUCAGAGAUCAUGAGGGAACCGGCAAAAGCACCUAUGGACGAGACUACAUUCGUUUUCCAACUGAGAUACCGGACCGAACGGUGAUGAGAAGAAUGAUGAAGCAACUGGAUGGUCUGCCAAAGAAGUAUACAUUGACCCAUCAUGAUGAACCGAAACACCGAAACUUAGUAACACAAUAUGAUGACCAAUAUAAUAGACGCGGCUACAACCCUUUGCUGCCUCCACUUCGCAGAUGGAAUGGACACAAAAUGGCUUGGAUCCCAGAGAAGACAGACUACCCACUCGCUGAACCACCGACCAACUACGGGCUUUUUGAGCACCUUGUGAAGAAAUGGACCCAUCGAGAGCCUGGGGUGCUGAACAGCAUCUACACCAUCUCCUACACCAAGCCGCCCAGUUCAGCCUAUGGCGUCCGCCAACGGCCUAUCACCACUCACGUCCUUGAAGCCAGCCGUCCACAGUGGCUGCCAAGAAGUUCUGACCCGCCUCUGUGAAAGGCUGCAGACCAUCCAUGUUUCCACACAACAGUGGAUUAUAUACAGCCUCUUCAUCCAACC